UCGCUGGCAGCGACAUCGUUUCUGCCUAAUUUUAUCUUUCUGACCGUGAUUUCACGAAUUGUGUGAAAUUCGUCAAUAUUUUUCUUCGAAUUUGUGAUAAGAUAGUUAAUUGUUAAUAUGUGCCAGAAGACUAUCGGGACAAGUCAGUGGUGCAGCUGAUUGUUGAAUUUUGCAAUCGUUGUAGUCUUGACUCUGGCAGACGAAGUUUUUCGUUUUCUGAGGUUUCAUGUUUGUCCAUUUUUCCGGAUCUUUUUGUUGCUGUUUUUUAUGCUGUCUGUGUCAUUGCGGAGUGGCUCUGAUCGUGUCGCCUGCAUCCAUUGUUAACCAUUGUUUUGUUAUUGCUUGGAAUAUGCGUUAUUUGCCCGAAGGACAGUUUGUAGAUUGAUCAUCGGGAUUUGGCAGCGUGACAGGAAGCGUUGACACAGCCAGACAUUGUCGAACCAUGGCCUCGAGGGUGUCGUCGGUGAACGACCUCCUAGACGGCGGUGGCAGCACGGUCAGCAGCUCCAAACCGACCGACUACGCCACCGUCCAGAAGAAACUGACCAAAAUCGAGCAGUGCAUCGCCGACGAAGAGCACCGCCUCCAAACCAUCCAGGACGACCUGAUCAAACUGGGCAUCGCGCCGCACAACGACCGCCUGCGGGCGCAGAUGCGCCGCCUCGAAGAGGCCAACGACAAAGCCAGCCGGCAUCUGGAGCAGUACAAGGUGAAGAAGCGCAAAUACGAAAGCCUCCUGUUGCGGAUGGCCGAGGAGAAGACGCGGGAGGCCGCCCACCGCGCCGCCUCCCCGCAGGUGGUCAAGACGGGGAGUGGCGGGCGGAUCCUGGACGCCCUGAUGCGCCGGGAGCGGCACAACGGGGAGUCGGGCGGGAGUGCGCGCAGUAAGGAUUCCCGCGGGAGUCAAGGCGAUAGUGCCGGGGUUGUGGGAGAGGGACAGGCGCUGAGCGUCCCCGGGGUGGUGGGUGGACGCGGAAGUGAAGGGGUCAGUGUCAGCUCGGUGGAGUCGGAUAGUAUGGAGAGUCAGCGGCGGAUGAAGCGGGUGGAAGAGAUCGCCGAGGUGGUCGAUCAGCGGCUGGAGCCGCUGCGAGGGGAUGUCGGCGAGUUGAAGGAGAAACUCGAACAGAUACUGAAACUAAUCGAGGAGAAGAAGAGUGAAUGGGCGGAAGAGCGAAAGUCGACUGGCAACCAGAUGGACGACAUGUCGCGACGGUGCGGCUACGUGGAGGAGCAGAUCCACGAUUUGAUUGAACUGCACCAGAAGGAGACCAGUGAGACCAAGACGUACCUGGUGGACACGCAGGACAAGAUGAAUUACAUCUUCCACGAGAAGAUCAGGGAUAUGAAGGACGAGAUCACGCUGCUCAAUACCCGCAUACAGAAGAUCGAGCACCGCCAGAAGGAAGACGAGGCAUUAGCCCGGACGGAAGCGGCCAAGAGCGUGAUGGGUGAAAUGGCCUUCAAGUUGGUGGACUGUCUCCUUCUCCUCGGGCAGCUGGUGAUAGCCGUGGUCGGGGCCGUGACGCAGUUCUUCCAGAUGACCGCCGAGAAUUCCACCCGCCUGGUCAUCUUCCUCGUGGCCAUCAUCGCGAUCCUCGUGCUGUGGCAGCUGCGCGGUGAACUGCCCUUCAACCAGGAAAUUGGCCGCUGGCUCGUAUCGUUGCGGCGGCCGCUGCGGCGGAUGGUGUUCCGGUUGAGCGGCGGCUGGUUGGGGGAUGCGCUGAACGACACCAGUGUGUUGUGAAAACGCGGAGAAUAGUGUGGAGUUGGUGCGGGUGGAAUGAUGCUUUCCGAGAAAUGGUCUGUGGAUUUUUUCAGAGAUUUAUUCGCGGGUUUUCUGCGCGGUUUGUUUUCUCUUUUAUUCCGUUUUCUCUCUCUCUGUCUCUUGUUUAUGGAAAUGCUCAAAGGAAUUGUACUCUUGUCAAGUGUGUGGCUGGUUACGGGACGGCCCUGGAAAUAUUAUGAUGCGGAAAGCAGAAAAUAUUACGAGAAUCGACAUUAAAAUCAGUGAUGUCGUCUG